AGUGGUCUGGUCACACUGGCAGUGACAACAAAAACAGCCUGCGUGGACAAACAUAAUAUUGACUAAAAAUGAAUGAGUCCGAGAUUCCCAUUGACAUUCACACGCUGAAGCUGCAGGAUUGGCUCAUCAGCCGCAGAAUCGUGCCAAAGAAUGUGCAACAGGAAAUUCGGGAGAUCCACAAGAAGAUCAGUAGCGCCCUGCAGGACAUGCCCUCCAAUGACCAGCUGAUCAAGCUGUUGGCCAGGACGAAUAUCAACUACUACCAUGUCAAGGAGAUCAUCGAGAUCCUGAAGCAGACGGAAAAGGACACGAAAAGCGUGUUCGGCACAUACGGCAGCCAGCGCAUGAAGGACUGGCAGGAGAUCAGCCGCCUGUACGAGAAGAACGCCACGUAUUUGGCCGAAACGGCCCAGAUCUUUGUGCGGAAUGUGAACUACGAGAUUCCCGGGCUGCGCAAGCAGAUGGCCAAGCUGGAGCAGCAGACCGACGAGAGCCAGAAGCGAGCCAACGACCUGAACAAACCGGAGAGCCAACUGCUGGCCGAACACGCCGCCCUUCUGGAGCAACUGGGCGUCCGGGGGGACAAUCUGCAUGCGGAGUUCGUGGAGGUGCUGGCCGGUCUGCCCGAGCUGUACGCCAAGUCGCUGAUCGACAUCGCUAAGAUCCAGCCGGGCAUCGAUCUGUACGCCGAGAUCAGUGGCAACAAGCAGGCGCUGCCCAUCCUCAGCCACCUGGUGGAGUUCGGCAACACCACCGUCUAUCAGUACAUCCACAAGGAGGCACCGCUGGCCGUCGAGGAGCCGCCCAUCCGGUUGAACCUCGGCGAGGGCAUCGCCAGCAAGGACGACAAUGCUGCCACUGAGAUUGACUUCGGAACGGACGACAAUGGCGGCACCUCUUCGACCGUUUCGGCGGAGAUCAUCGACUACGGCGACUUUCAGGAGAACGAUGGAGGCAACAUCGACUGGGGCAUCGAGAGUGCUCCCACCGAUGCGGUGGAGAUCAACUUUGACAUUCCCGUCGAGGAGUACGGCAUAGUGGUGGAGGGCACAGGCAUGGAUGGUGGCACUGCCAAGGGCGAUCAGGCUUACUCCUUGCUCGAUUCGCCAAACUAUCGGGAUCGAUUCCUGGAUGAAAUCUUCGAACUGGAGUCCUUUUUGCGCCUGCGACUCUAUGAACUGAAGCAGUUGGAGUCCUCGAGCGACAUCAUGUUCUCGCUCAUGGACAACAUUGCCACCCACGACGCGGAGAGCAUCCGGAAGAUUCUCGGCUCCGUGGAGAAGAUCAUCCAGCAGACCUCCGACGAGCAGACGCGGCAUCUCUUCCAGCUGAAGCACUCCCCGAAGUAUGCCAAUCUGCUGGCCACCAAGCUGCAGCAAAUGACCAAGGCCGUGGAGAAGUUGCGGUCCACGCGGGAGGCGCUCAAGAAGCGGGCCAUCGAGCUGCGGGAACAGCGGCAGCAGCUCAAUCCCGUCCUGGAGGAGCUGGUUGCCCAGACCCGCACGCUGCAGUCGCACAUCGAGCGGGAUAUCUCCAAGCGGUACAAGAAUCGGGUGGUCAAUCUAAUGGGAGGCGUCAACUAAUGGAAUUGGUUAGCUGUUGGCUGUUUGUUAAAUAAUGUUUAUUAAUAAACCGAUAACUGGGCAGGACAAAGAUGGCUUUGUACAUUUUUUAAAAGAAGUUUAUUUUUAUUUUGCUAUUUUUAUUAAAUAUACAAAUUGUA